GUGGGUGUGUGUCCUUAUAAAAUCGAGUCUGCUGACUAUUAACGAUUAUUCACAAACUCACACCCAUGAAGGUCAUAAAGUAGGAAAUGGUCUGAUAGGAGCUCAGACUCAGCCCCUGUUUCAGCUGCACAUAAAAAGGAGCAGCAGGAGACGCCUUUUUCAGGAUCUGCAGUUUCUCCUGGUAAAGCAGCAAAAUGUACGGACACAACCAAGGAAACCCGUACCCACCUGGUCACCCAAACCAUCCACCGCAGGGCGGUUACCCUCCACAGGGAGGUUACCCUCCACAGGGGGGUUUCCCUCAGUGUCCUCCAGGCGCAGUCCCACCAACUUAUCCUCCUCAGCCCCACGGCCCACAUGGAGGCCACCACGGACACGGACCUGGUCCUGGUUUUUCUCAAGGCCAUGGAUCGUGCCAAGGGCAUGGGCAUGGGCAUGGGCACGGACACGGGCAUGAUCAUGGACAUGGACACGGACACAAGGACAAGAAAAAGGACAAGAAGAAGGACAAGCAUAAGCACAAGCAUGAUCACAAACAUGGCCACUGUCACAAGAAAGGAAAGGACAGCCAUGGGUCCUCCAGCAGUUCCUGCAGCAGCGACUCUGACUAGAUGUGUUCGACGUGAACCUGGAGACCUUCAUGCUCCUGUCUUGUCAUUUGACUGCCUGCAGUUUCUUUAUAUGUCAGCUUUGAAGCAGAUUUAAUUAAGAAUAAACAGAGCUGACAAAAGCAGUUUAAUUUUUGUCAGAAAAAGCUGGUUUAAUCUAUUAUCUGUCAAGGUAGCAAUGUUUUUAAAGUUAUGUAAGAUCAUUGUGAGUCUUUAAAAGCAUUAUUUUAUCCAGUGUUUGUC